GUGGGCAAGCGCAUCGAGCGUGAUUCGAGAGUGGCCUACUGGCGCCCUGGUGGCGGUCUUUGGGGCCGAGCGCGGCCAUAUUAUCUCUCGUGGCCGUCGUCGCAAAGAAAGCAAGAAGGUGGUGCGGUGCUCGGACAGUGACGUUUUCCCGACGAAGGCGAUGUACGUGGUUGCAGACCCGCGCGUGGCAAUCGUCGAGCAGUGAGCAGCGGCUAGCAUGGCCAAGGGAAGCGGCAAUCCGGCCGGCAAGCAGCCAUCGUCGCGCAACUCGAAGCCCUACGAUGCGAACAACUCGUUUGUAAAAAAAGUGGCGACCAAGGUAACAGAUUUUAUACCCCAACGAUCAUGGAUUAGUAAGUGGUUCAAUACCUCUCAAGGUAGCGAGGAUACGUUAGACGUUAGAGAGAAUCCUGAAGAAUCAGAAUUCAUAGAUGAUGUGCAGCAACCUCCUCCUAGUAAGCGACCGCGUAUUCGUAUGGAUGUGAUUCAUCCACCUGGUACAUUUUUUAUACAACCAAGGAGUAAAAUCGCAUUGAACACGAUUGAUCCCUCUAAGAAGCAAUACUCUGUUCAGAAUGAAACGUCGGAUGAUUUCUUGGAACCUGCAACGGCUGGGCCAAGCGGAAUAGGCCGCUUAAUAUCUUCGACACCUGCGAUACAAGCAGACAUUAGGACCGUGACGUCUCAUAGGUCGGACUUAAAUUCUCCACCAACCAAUAACGGGACAGCAAAUGGGUUGGAUGAUCAUUCGGAAUCAAGCGAAAGCACCAGUGGAUGCAGCUCGCUUACUCCACAAACGAACAGACACGAAGGCCCAUCAAAUUUGCUGCAACAAAUUUAUAAUUCAUCGUUUUCCAGUAGAAAGACACAUAUUGGUGAUAAAUUGACAUUUACUAAUCACUUACAAUCCCCGAGGUCCUUGUUUCUAGAUAGUAAUUCCCGUGAUACUUUAAGCAGUCGUAGACCGAGUUUUAACGCAUCAGUUAUGACAAAUGCGCUAGGUCGCGCAUCUCCUCUGUCCUCCCCUUUUUACAGUGGUAAUACCACUUUCGGGGGUGCAAAUGCGGCAGGCCUUUACAAACGAGGCCGUAACGUUUUUAGCGAUUCAAGUGAGUUGCAACUUAAAGUACCAAGGAGAACGAAUGUUGAGGUUAAACCUUCUAAUACAGUAGAGGUUGAUUCAUCAGGAAUGAGUCAAACUGCCAAGAAAAUAUUGGAAGCAUUAGAACAUUUCUCGUCGCCUAUAUCCGACGCGAAAAGAAUCCCAAUGAGGAACGCGGACAACGCGUCGCCGUUAAUGAGUAGGAAGAGAGCGCGAGAAGAGGCAGCAGCGACUCCAUCCGCCAGGGUCGGUUUGCGUCAUUUGACGCGCGAGUUGACGGUACCAACCGUUCCCGACAUAUUGAAGUUGAGGAGACGACAGAAGUUACAGGACACAACUCUCGCGGCUAGGAAAAUAGUUUCUGCGCGCGGCGAACCACCUCCGCCUGCACAGGAAUAUCACCUGAGAACGGAGGACGACGAUCGAGAAAAGUACCACGGCAAGAUAAGGGGCAAGUCCAAGAUAAAUCUGGAAGAAGAGGAAACAGUGGAACCCGUGAAUUUACCGAACAUACCAUUGCCGAUAUCGACGUUGCCCAACUUCACCUUCACGCUACCUCCUCCUCCGCACACCACAAUCAAGGCUACGACAAGCCAGGAGAGCACGUUCAAGUUCGCCAGUCCGAUUAAAGUGACGGAUGCUGGGAAGAAUUUGCAGUCUUGCAAUCAUUACACUUUCAGCAAUCCGAUCAACGCCGAAGACAACGCGAGCAGCGUUGCAUCUGACUCGAGCUUGCCUCCGAAAACGGAAUACGCAGCGUUCGCCGCAUCUCCCGAGCGUACGGCCGCGUCUAUGCCGAAUUUCAUUUGGUCCGGCUCGUCCACGGCACCUAGGUUGAAGGAAAAGGCGAAGGGCGGCAAGGACGGCACUGUCGAGCUGAAGUCCGGUAGUGUCAUACACGUAUUCUUUCCCAAAUCGAACAACGCGGAGUCCAACGCGGGGGGAGUAUUUCCUGAAAUCGCUCACACCGACAAGACGUCCGGCUUCAACACGGAUGUGAAGAGCGCGCGCGACGCCGAUCCCUUCGGCUCGGUCAGCAGCACCGCGACGCCUGCAUCCAAUUGGGAGUGUAGUGAAUGCCUGAUCAGGAACAGUGGCUCGGACAAACAGUGCAUCGCGUGUAAGGCUGCCCGGGCCAACCCCAACGAUAAAGUCCCGGCGCCUCCGUCGACGGCCGACACGGUCGCGAAAGCGAAGCCAGUCGCGAACAAGGACUGCUUCGGCUCUCAUUUCAAGCUGUCCACCAACGAAUGGGAAUGCGCAGCUUGCUACGUGAGGAACAAGCAGAACGACGUCAACUGCGUGGCGUGCACUGCCGCGAAACCAGGCGACAAGCCCGCCGCACAACAGACGGUGCCGGCCAAGUGUCAGAAAUCCGAUCUGAUGGAGAAGUUCAAGCCGGCCGAGGGCUCGUGGGAGUGCUCCGGCUGCUUGCUGAGAAACAACGCGAACGUCAUCACGUGUCCCUGCUGCAACACAUCCAAGCCCACUCCGAUGAAAGUGAGCUCGGCCAAGACGGACGCUGCCGUGGAGUCUUCCGCUCCGAAGCUGACUGCCGCGGAGGGUGCGCCGACGGAAGCCGGCAAUUCCGACUUAAUGAACAAAUUCAAGGAUUCCUGGGAGUGUCCUGGGUGUCUCGUAACAAACAGCGGCUCCCUCGGCACCUGCCUGUACUGCUAUACCGCUAAGCCUGGCGGCGGCCCAAGCAAGCCGGAGCAAGCGUCGACAACCAACGGUUUCGGGGACAAGUUCAAGAAGCCCGAGGGCGCGUGGAUCUGCGACUCCUGCCUGUUGCAGAACAACGCGAAGCACACGGAGUGCGUGGCCUGCCAGGCUGCGAAGCCCGGCACCGCAAAGCCGAGCGAACCCGCGUCCAGCACCGGCGGCUCGACCUUGCAGUUCAAGUUCACCGUGCCGCCCAGCAGCGGAGGAUUCAAGUUCGGCAUAGACAAAGCCGACAGCCAAGCCAAACCCGACACCGCGUCGCCCUUGAACGGAUUCAAGUUCGGCAACGUGCAGCAGAACAGCGGCACGGCGCAGUUCACCUUCGGCAUUCCCAAGGAAGAGACCAAGACCGGCGUCGUAACGUCCUCCGGCGGUAGCGGGUUCCAAUUCAGCGUGAAAGCCGACAAAACCGACGCUAAAGCGGAUCAGGAGGCGAAAGAUUCGCCCUUCGGCGCGCCGAAGAGCGACGGUUCGUCGAGCAAGCAACAACCGUUCGCCAGCAGCGGCGUGCCAAGCCCGGCUCCUUCUUUCACGUUCGGCGGCCAGAAGACGGUGUUUAGCCAGCCUUCCUCGAACAAGCAGAAGGCUCCCCUCGCGACGACCGCCGCGGCAGAAAGCCCCAAGGCAACGGUGGCAGCGGGUGAAUCAACAGCGAUCAGCGGGGCGACCCUGCCGCCGUUAGCAACACCGUUAGCCAAGCAAGACUACGCGUCGCAAAGCGACGCGAGACCGAUCUUCUCGUUCGGCGUACCGAGCAGUACGAGUGCUGCCAACAGCAACACUUCCACCGCCAGUACAACGACCACUUGUCUUCCAACUUUUGCUCAACCUUCUCUGACAUUCUCCGACUCGCCGAAGACGACACCUCAGGCAGCGGUGCCGAGCUUCGGCCAGGCCGCGACGUCGUCUCCGGCGAGCCUGCCGUUCGGCGAGAGCAAGAUAGCCGAGGCGACUCCUCCGCCAUCCUCCGACAAAGCCUCCGUGACCGACGCACCGGCCUUCCCGAUCGUCUCGAGCUCCACGUCGUUGUUCAACAGUAACGACUCGAAGGCGCCGAUUACGUUCGGACAGGCGGACAAGCCGACGGUGUUCAGUGCCGGCACCGAGAGCACCGGCGCUGGCAAGCCGCCGGCCUACUCGGCGCCCGAGACAAAGAUCCCGGUGUUCAGCGCCGGCACCGAGAGCAAGUCGAUCUUCGGCACGCAGGAGACGAAGUUACCCGUGUUCGGCAGCGGCGAGAAGACGGCGUCUGUAUUCAACUCGCCCGGGCAAGCAGCACCUACGGUGAUGGGUGGCCGGUUCGACUCGACCAGCUCUAUUAUCCUGCCCUUCGGCUCGUCCAACAGCUCGACCUUCGACAACAACGCCGGCACGCCCGCAUUCGGCGACACUACGGCGCCCGGCAUGUUCUCCUCCACCAAGGACGAGAGCAACGCGUCGACCUUGGCGCCUAUACCCGCGUUCGGCUCGAACCAGUCGGCGCCGCAGCAGCAGCCGGCGAGCAGCGCCGGCUUCAACUUCUCCGCGAACACCAAUCCGCCGAAGUCGGGCGCGAAGCAGCAGCAGCCGCUCUUCGUGUUCGGCGGCGCCAAUUCGAACGCACCGUCGAGCAGCGGUAUAUUCGGCAACAACACCUUCGCCAGCCUGGCACCGACGAAUACUGCCAAUUUCACGUUCAACACGUUCAAGCAGCAAGAGACACCGCCGCCGUUCAGACAGACUUCAGUGGCGACCCCGAUGUUCGGCGCCAAUCCGCAGACUCAAGCGACGCCGUCGUUCCUGUCCACCUCCUCACGCAAUGCGGGAUUCAACUUCGGACCCACCGCCCCGCCACCAGCACCGUCGAGAGGCUUCUUCGGUGGCAUGUCACCCACGUCCGCACCGAUUGGAAGAUUCAACUUCAAUCCUCCCGCUUCUGCUCCCACAGUGGCUUUCGACCCCAACAGCCGGCCUUCGUUCAACUUCACGAAAGGAAGCGCGCCGACCGCAUUCAACGCACCGCCUCAACCAGCGACUGCGCCGCGGAAAAUCAAAAAAGCGUAUCGACGAUGCUUGCGGUAGAGAGAAAGAGAGAGAGAGUGAGAGAGAGAGAGAGAGAGAGAGAGAGAGAGAGAGAGAGAGAGAGAGAGCAUAUAACGUACAAGAUUCGCGCAUGUAUUCUGGUGCGUCUUUACAUCUAUCUAUGCAUCCGUGUAUCUGGACGUGUCUCCCCGUUAUGUCUCUCCGUCUUAGGUGGUACAAUGGAAAACUGUCACACACAACACGUCAAUCUCGAUCGCAUCAAUGUGGUGGUAUACCAAGCAUCUUUGUAAUAUAGUAUAAUCCGCUAACCGAACAUGCUUGCGUACAGCCACUUGUGUUCUACAGGAACUGUAAAUUAUAAAUUAUUUAAAUUAUACAGUAAUAAUGAAUAAUAUACACAUGUGAAAUUGGCAUGAAGCCAGAAAUAUAAUGCCGUGAUGCAGUUGCAUUACUGAGACCUUAUCCCAAAAGCAGACGCGAUACGUAUGUACACCGACAUGACGUACUCGAGAUAACACACACAUAUUUGCCGAAGUCGGAAAGUACCUCGAUUAAGAAAAAAAAUAAUGAGCACUUACGUGCAAUCGAAGACAAAGGGAAAAAAAUAGUGGGAGAUUGACACCCCGCUCAGGUAAGUAUAAGUCAGUUGCAGCUCGUAGCAUUGUUGCUCGCAAGUGUGAACGUCGACGAUUUGAAGAGGGUACAACUCGGAAGUGUUACAGUUACAUAAACGUGUAAUAAUAAUUCUUGAGCCUCACCUACAGGGCAGGUUAAAUGGGAAUAUCGAAAUUUCUUCGAUCGCAAUCGGAUCCUGCGAACCGAUUUUCUUGAGAGAAAGCAUCUUGAUUAAAGUGGUAAACGCGGUAAAAGAAGAGCGGGAAGAAAACGAAUCCUUAAUCUAAAAAUAAUUCACUUAGCACGUCUUCAGAACGUUAAUUGAGUUGUCUUGAGAUUGGGAAUUUGUACUAUAAUCAUAUUUGUCCCUUUAAAUCAUAUCAUAUUAUUAGUUACAUUAAAGAGACGAAUAUGAUAAUAGGGGGAAAAAAAUUAUCGACCACAAAAUAAUUGCACACUAUAAUGUAUAAUUUCGCUUUUUUUGUGCACAUAUUUUUUGUACAUAUAUAUAGAUAUGUGUGUGUGAUGUAUUCUUUUUCGUUUAAUAACUGAUUUCGCUUUAUUAUUCAAGAAAGACAUUACAUGAUUCCGCACGUAAUCGAAUGAUCAUCUCGACGAGUUCGUGACAAAAAAGAAAGUCAGCCUAAGAUACUUGUGUGACAUCGUGACAUUGCGAGCGUUGUGAACUGACUGUAUAUCAAUAAAGUCCCACUACGUAUAUAGACAUUAAUUAUAUUUUAAUUAGAAUUCCGUGGGCAGCCCUACAAUCUUUGUAGAACUAGUCCAGGAAAAGUGUAAUAUACACAAAAAUGGCAUUCGGAUAGUACAAACUGACGAUUACUGAACGUUUCCAUUGAGUAGUCGAAAUUGUAUAUUUUUUUUAUAUAUCGAAUGAAAUAAUCCUAUAAGAGAAUAUAUACUGAAUGCCAUUUUAAUAGGAUUAAAUUAUAAUAAUGUUGUGUGUUUUAUCAUAGAGAGUGAGUGAGAUCAAUUUGAAAAGUAUGUUGAAUGGAAGUAAAUUAUUAGGGGGCUUCUAAAAAGUUUCUUUCCGAUAUCCGCCGCUACGGAUAUAAAUACUUCUUCUUACAAGUUUCUGGUAAUAAUUGUUUUCUUCAUUUGCUGCAUGGAAGAAAUCGCUCUCUGGUCUGUCUUACAAUUUUUGGUUCAAACUUUUGCUCCUGAUUUUCGACAUGAUACAAUUCGACGGAAUAAUUAUUUCUAUAAUUACUCUAUUCGUAAUUGAUAUUAAUUUGUGCAGCUUGAGUCACCGGGAAACCGAGCUGCAGCUGAAAUACUGUAAAUUAUUCUUUUUAGAAGCCCCUAUAAAGGCGGAAAGUAGUUAGAUGACGUGUAUUAAUGAUUAACGAAUCAUUAUUGAAUCAUACACGUCUUAUUUAAGAUUAGGAUAGUUGUCUAUAAUGUUGGCUUAAACUCGACAGUAGCCAAGAAUAACUCGGCACAUGACCCAUCUUCUGCCAUAGUAGACACUUAGGUACAAAACACUUUGUUAGGCAUUGUUGCUUAUCCGUUGUUGUGUAAUAUUUACGUUAAGUAAGCGUUAAGAGAUAUUUUUUCUUUUCUUUUUUUUUUUUAAGUUCUGUACACAUUAUUGCAAGACAAAAAUCCAUAUAAUUUAGUUUCCAUGUUGAACACUUAUAUUUUUAACAUUGUCAAAAUACCCUUUGUAGGUAUAUUUCUCAUUUAAGAUGUAAACAGUGUGUUGAUUAAAUACGUAACGCUAGCGUAUGGGUGAUUUGAAGAAAAAAAAAAAAACUCUGUGAUGCAGGCAUACGCGAAUGCUAAUUGAGCGUAUGCCGACAAAUAGCGCCGACUUUAAAAAUUAAUUCGCAUAGAUGAAAUUACUUUAGUUCUUAAGCAAGGCCCAUACCCGAAAACCUACAAAGGAUCUUUUGGACGUAACUGUGUAAUCGACGAAACUUUGUUUUAUGCGAUUUGCGAGGAAAAGAACACGAAGAAAAAGAAAAAAAAUUAAUGGUAAAGGGAGGCUGCGCUGAGAUAUUGUCUGUGCUGCUGUCUUACACUGUGAACAUUCUCUGUUGAGGCUGUGUCGUCCAUUUGUCUAUGAAUAGACAAAUUUCCAAAUUAAUCGAUAUAUCGAGAGAGAGAGAGUACUGCCUGCUGAGGGCAGUAUCUUUGUAUUAAAUUUCGUAUAUGGCCUUACCGACAUACAUAAUGAACAUGUAACGUAGAUGUAUUAACGACUGUAAAGCAAAUCGUAUUGGAGUUGUUUUGUAGCAUUUUGUAUACUCUCCAUUGUAAUAUGUUCGCAUAAACGUCUGAAGAGCACUGCAUUAAAAAUGUUCAACAUCAAUAGAUUUGUAACAUCCGAUGACUGACAGUUUCUUUUUUUUUUUUUUUUUAUAUAAUAUUUUUCCAUGCACACGUUUUACUUAUGUAACGAAAAAUCAUUGGAGUGUAAUGUUAUAUGUAAAAGCGCAGGUAUAUGUAUAUAUAAUAUUACUCGCGCGGGCAUACAAGAUAUUAUUAUAAACUCAUUCUUUUACCUAAAAUUAAGGGCAUCUCUUUUACGUACGUUAACGGAAACGUCGAGGUUUACGAGACUCGUCUCCAUGCGACAUUUGUUUCUACGAGCCAUGGGAUGUUACAAUAUGUCAAAUGUUCCGAGGCCUUAUUAUAAUCUUAGUCCAUUGGAGAAAUUAUGCAUCGUACUGAAUUUUUCUGAAUAUCUGUAACAAUUCUAUCGAGAAUGAUGUAUUAAGCAAUUAUCUAACGAAGUUCAGAAAUGUGGGAGUUUGUUAUGAAAUAAAUCCAAUGACUGACUGUAAUUAAAUAAAAUGUACAUGGGAGAAUGUUCACUGUAUGCUUCAGGUGCUAUGAGGAUGUCGGUACGUCCUCAUACAUAUGAUGUAACGUUAGUUAAUAUUAGAAGAAGAUAUAAAAAAAUACCAAUCGGUGUUUCUCAACCGAUGAAUCAACAGAACAAAAUUCAAGAGAUGUUUGUGUAGUAGUAUAUAUGAAAUGCGCAACACAUACAAGGAAGGGCCAUCUUUAUUCGCACAAGGAUCGACGAAAUACGCUUAAUGACGAUUGAAUAAUAUUCGUUCUUUGACGCACCGAAAGUGUAUUUAUACGUGAAAUCCGUAAGCCGCAAUUUCUUCCUUUAGAUACAUUAUUAUGAAAUACCUCUGAUUUCGCAGAAUAUGUAGAUAAGACAUCAAUAAUACUCGCAAUAAAAAUGAUAAUCUAUGUAAAGGGAAAAAUGGAAUUCUUUUGUGGACCAGAAGCGCAAGGAACAAUUGUAUCUCAAUGUCCCAACUCUCGUUAGGGUUGCUCUUUGAUUCCUUUGUAUCUUUUAUUGAAUUAAGGUGACAUUGCCUUAAUGAGUAGCGCUUGUGAUAUUUAACAAGAGCUACUUGAGCUUGUGUUGAGAAACACCGUGAUAGGAUACAUUAACAUUAUUACGAAUAUUAUUCUUAAUACUAUCCUCCUCUCUGUUUAUCUGUAACAAUUAUAUUAUAUACCAUUAGAGGAUAUAUAACAAAUACUAAUUAAAAAGAAAACGACGACGUUAAUUGAUUUGGGUUAUAUAGUCUUAUUUUGUAUCUAGAAGAGAAAAGUGAAGACUUUUUUUUUUCUCUGUAGGAGGACAUUUAGCGAAUGGCGGUUUGAACUGAAGAAUUUUGCUAUAUUAUGUGCACAUAUAUAUGUACAUCAGCGUUAUAAAAAAAAAAUCGUUCUACUCUGAUAUGCGUGCGUGCGUGCGUGCGAAACAAAAAACGAAGUGAAAUGUGCAGAUCCAUAUUAAAAUCCUUUGGGUCAAAAAGUAAUCUAGAAACAGACAGUUAGGAUACAUAAUUCGAUCGCAGUCCCUAAUGUUCAGACAAAAUGUAAUAUUUUAUAAAUAUGUUCUCCUUUAUUUUUUAUUUUAAUCCUGUAAGUAGUAGGAUCGCUCCUUGACAGUUCCUCAAAGAAAUAUACAAAAUAAGAAAUCUAUACUGUGAAUUAUUGUAUGACGUUCGUGGUUUUCGAGACCCUAAAUUGUAUACAAUAUAUUAUACAUAUACAUGUAUAGAUAAUCGCUUUGCAAGCCACACUGCAACGAUCCGUUUUCGAAAGAUCAGGUUGAUUUUCCACGGUAUGCUACGUAAAAAACAACUUCUCUUUGAGUAUUUUCAGUAGAGUGCGAAUGAUUUUAAUGCUCCUUCCAUCUCUUGCAGUAAUAUCACUCAAAUAAAUAAGUUAAAGUGAAA